UUGAAACAGGGAGGUGUUGAGCACGCUCAUGCAUUUGUUUACAGCCCAGAAGUGAUAAGAUUCUGCUCUGUCACUCAUGCUAGAGGAGGUUUGUGUUAUUUUAUUCUGAAAAUCUUAUUUCAGACCUUAACCCAUUCGCUCCUGGAGAUUUUGCCGAAAAACACGUUUUGAAGCUAGUCGAGUGGCUAAAACUUACCACAAACCGGUUUACAGGUCGUACAUUUCGCGGCCUUCUGAUCCAGAUGCAAAAUAUCAGCUUGCGAAGUUCGGGCAUGCGCAGAAAGCAAAAUUUCGAGAUUUUGGGUUUAAAAGUGACACAGCAGUCUUGACUUUUACUUUUCGCUUUUCUUGCCUCAUUUUUUUUUCUCUUGCUGGGCAUUUAGUAGGCUUCGUUUUGGUGGGAAGAGUUUUUAGGAAAGCUUUUAGGAUCGUAGGAUUAGGUGAAAGGAAAGGUAGGUGAGUAACGGAACAAGAUUUUCAUGGAGAUUUUCAGGUCAAUGUCACAUGGUUUUUUGCUUCUUUCUCCGGUGUGCUUGACUGAAUUGUGCUCAUUUGGGUAUGGUUUGAAAGAUCUCUUCAUACUGCACAAGUCAGCGGACAAAGUUGUCUUUGACCCUUAAAACUGAUGACGUCACAAAGGGUAGAAAGGACGUGUGGAUCUGCAAGGGCAGUUACGGGCGGUUCAGGGGCGAAUGGGUUAAUUAAUUAAAUUCUUGAGUUUAAUUUCUUCAUAUAUUGCAAGACAUAAAAAUGUUAUUGAUAGUUAGUUUAUGCUCUAAUUUGAGAGCAGUGCUGAUGUUCAUUUUCCUCUUUUGGAAUAGAUAAAGGAAAAACCUUUUGUUGGUUGAGAAUUGUUCACUACACUUGAACUUCUCCACAAUGGCCACCUUGGGGACAGAACAAAGUGGCUGUUCAGUGGUGGAUCCAGGGGAGGGCCCCCCUCCCUUAUUUCUAGACCAAACGGGGCCAUAAAAAUUUGUUUGGGAGACCGCCCCCCCCUUAUCUCAAGGUCUGGAUGCACGAUUGCUGUUGUAGAGAGGUUUAAACAAGAGUCAAUGUAUAAACUCUCCUCUGGGACCACAAAAAGAAGACAUUGUAGAGAUUUAGAGGUGGCCGUUUGUGGGGGUUGGACUGUUACUUUAAAUGAUGCCUUUUGAAUGAAGCCAGCAAUGUCACAAAUUCAAUUAUAUUAACUGGUGAUUACCUUGAAAAUAAAAUGAAUACUUCUGACCUUUUUGCAUAGAAAAACCAAAGCUGUCUGGUGGUCUCAAAGAAAUGAGGAUUCUCAAGACAACUCAAUCAGGAUUCACUGGUAAUUGCUUUGUUAUGUAAAAGAAAUAAAAUAUGCACUGUUUUGCAGCAGCUAUUAAUCUUUCAUGAUAAAUUACAAUAACCUUGUUUCAAUCCUGCAGGAUUUUGUAAAGACAAAUACACUAUUUUGCCAGAAUCAACUGACCGCACAUUUUGUACCAAAGUAUACUGCCGCUACCAGUUUGAUGCCAUGAAAGGUGUUAAUUUUGAUAACUGCUGGUAAGUAAUAUUGAGUGUUAAAAAUAUAUGUUUACACUACAGAAAAAUUUGGUCCACACCAGUCAAACAAUAAUUAGUGGUAAGGUAGUGGUAACUUGAAAAAAAAAAUUAUUUGAAAGUUGGAUUUUCCACAGGACCAUACAUGUGAGUCCCUGUAGCCUUGUGGAAACUCCAUUAUUUCUUUAAAAUUAGCGCUGCUGUACCACUUUUUUUGACUGGUCCGGACCAAAUUUUUCGUUGUAAAUGUGCUUCAUAUAUCUGAAUUUCUUUUAUGGGUCAAUGAUGGCCGUGCCUGUUGGGCAAUGUGUAUACUGUAAAAUUCCGAAAAUAAGCCCUGGGGCUUAUAUUUUUCAAAGGUCUUUUUAAGGGGCUUAUUUUUGGAGGGGCUUAUAUUCGGAGGGGCUUAUCUAUUGAAGAAAAUUUGCAUCUCAAAAUCGAUUGGGCUAGCCUUAUAGUUGGACAUAAAUUUACCGUUGUUUUACUUUGUAUUUGAGGGCAAUUUUCCAAUUAUUUCAAGCCCCCAGGGGACUUAUAUUUGGAGGGGCGAUUUAACGCAGGUUUUUUUUACAUUACCGGUUUGGGGGGCUUAUAUUUGGAGCCUGGGGUUAUACAUGGAGGGGCUUUUUUUGGAAUUUUACGGUAGUUGUCAUCAUUGACAUGUUAUUAGGCCCUUUCUUGGUGUGGUAAUGUAUGUCUUACAUGUAAAUUUUUUGGUUUAAUGGUUUGUGUCCCUGUUGGUAUCUUACCAUGUUACCACAUGUAAACUACUAAAAUCAAUGUAUUUGCAGUUGUCUUCUUUGUUGUUACAGUUUCCAUCCCACUUCAUGUCAUUGUCAUCACUUCACCUGCCUUUCAUUGCUGUUUCAAGGCUAUAAUUGUCACUUGUCAAAACAAACCCUUACUGGAGGGCUUUUAUCAGCUAAUCCUGAUUUUGAACAUAUUUUGAAUAGAACUGUUGCUCAGAGGUUAAUACUUGUAGACUGGGGGAUAAAAAAGUGCUACUGACUCAAAGCAGGCGCUUGAUAGGUUAGAGAAAAAUGUGGGUAACUAACUUUUGUUAGGUUGCAAAAUCUUGGGAUUUUUUAACAUUGUUUUCUAGAAAAAUGGAUUUCUCUUUUCUUCCUGAAUAUCCAUUCUAUAACAAUGUUUCCUUAAUCCUGCGGAGUAAAAUAAUUAAUAAAUCCUGUACCCCUUUCUUAUCCAAUUCCAUUCUCACUCUCCUUCCCUUUUAAACCCUGAAUCCUGAAAAACCUUUUUGAGGACAAAAAGUUUUGAAGUAGAUGGAUUAAUUGUCAAAGUAAGUGGCCAGUCCAGGGAUAUUUUAUUUAAAAAACGCCAUCAGUAAAGAUAUGCCAAGCAGAUUAAGCCGGUCGAUACUAACCAAGUAGAUGGCGAUUUUCGCCGGCAGCCAGCUACUUUUGGCAACCCUGGGGAACCUCUAAAUAGGCCUCUGUUUUGAUUCCAAAGGAAUUUUGUCAAGAGCACCAUCCUGAAAGAGUUUGCUGGGCCACCUCAUACUGGUGUCUAUUCACCCUCAGUUCAGGCGAGUCUUCCUAGUUUGUUGAAUAGAGACUAGUCUGCUUUUAAACAAAUUCUCCCCAGUGGUACAAUGAGAAACAUGUGGACAACAGUGUAGAGAAUAUGCUUGUUGAUGUAGAGGUUAAAGGGGGUUAAAGAUAAGUUUAUGUUCUCAGUUCUGUUUUACACCAAACAAGGUUACCCCAUUGCACACUCCACAUUUACUCAGCAGUUCAUGUUAUCUUUUACUUACUAAAAAAAGUUAAAGGUUUGUUGAUGGUGGAAAGUGAACUUAGCUUAUCUAGCUAAUUUACAGGCGCUCCACUCAAAUAAUAAUUAUUAGAAGCAAAUAAUCCAAAAAGAACAUAACAGGAGGAUUAAAAACCCCAACUAGUAGGAAGCAACCAGUUGACUAUUUACAUGUGUGGCAGAGGACUGGAACUCAGGAGAACCGAGAACAAAUCCAGCUAGCAGUCAGGGCGGGACUUGAACCCAUGACUGCUAGAUUGCAAGUGCAAUGUGCUGACCACUCAGCCUCGUUACCUUCAACAGUAAAUCUGUUCCCUAUUGUGUUUCAAGACCUACCAUAAAUCUAUAACCCUGGACAAAACCUGUUGAAACACAUCACUAAAAUACCUAUUUUUCCUGUCAUCCUGGAAAAAAAUUAAUGGAAACCAUCACCAAAUGAGUGCCCGUUUUCCCACCUCCCCUUAUCCAAUCUUGUUUGAGACUUAUACACGUUGGUUUUUAGACCAAAGAAAGUUUGAAUAAGGGGCAGGGAGGGGUUUUGCUUUUUCUGUCUAGAAGAGAUGGUGAUAUAUUGCAAACAUUAGUAUUUAAAAAAUAGGUGGAACUGUCUUAUCAGCUUUGUACUGUAGUUCCACUAUGAAAGGUCACCGUUUCAUCAGUAGACCUCAUAGUGGAGAUCAUGUAGCCUAGCCCUUUAGUGGGUAAGUUUUUGAAUGAAGUACAAUCAUAUGAUCAGUCAAAUGAUUGCUCUUCAGCAGGAAAGAGUCAAUGUAAUUCACACACUUUUUUUGGUGAAUGUUUGAGGUUAUCUGCAGGCAUGAAGGUUAUACUAUACCCUGUAACUAGGCAAUCUUACUGUUUCUUUUAUAUUUCUGUUAACAGAACACUUUGUACUUGGCAGAGCAGAAGAUUUUAAACAGCAUUCCGCAGGUUGGUUACAACUUUUGAUUGGCUGUACUAGUUUGUCCAUGCAAGCAAUUAAAGGGAGGGCUUAAAAACGAGCUAUAAUUCCCUGCGUUAAUUUUUUUUAAUAAGCUACAAGUACGUCUAAUGGACCUCAACAACUCCCAACAGCCCAGCAAUGUUGGGAGUUGUUGCAUCUGUGUUAGCAGUGGUGUGCAAACGAAUGCAACAACUCCCAACAAUGUUGAACACGCAUUGCUUUUUGGUAAGGAUACAACCCAUAAGACUUUGUAAACUCAAAGGAGACCACGUGUAAUACUCGUGCAUGGCCCCAGCAAUGUUGGAGAAGCUGUGCAAAUGGAUCCAACAUUGUUGUGCUACGCCUCGGUGAUCACGGAACAAAAGGAAUGUUGGGAGUUGUUGACUCAAAAGUAUGCUGUUUUCAAACUUUUUGCAACAACUCCGAACAACAUGCCACAACGUACAAGAGGGUAUGCAAUCGGAUUCAGGGGACGUACUCAAGUUGCAAUGUGAGAGCACUUGUUUUGUUGACUUUCAUGGGCAAUGUAAACAAAUGACAACAUCUUAAAAUCUGCUUGUUAAAAUAUGACAAAAUUUGGCAGAAAUCCUGUUCAUAUCAAACUUCCGUCAAUGAAGGCCUUAAAACAAAAAGACAAAAGUUUUGUGGCAUAUUCAAAUUUCUCAUGAAAGCUAUUUUGUCAAAAAUUUCAAAAACUGUUUCUAAAAAAGUACGUUUUUUUUCCUGUCACUUUUUAAAAAAAAUGAGGGUGACUAAUAGUAAGCGGAGUGCUAAUUCACCAGGAAAUUUUAAGACUGGACUUUACAUAAACCUACUAAAUUCAAGAUUUUAGGCAUUUUUUAAUCGUCCAUGUUGCCAUGGCAACGAUCGAUAUCUUACGUUCAACCUAAUGAUGUCGCUUAAAUAUAUUUUGUCCGUGCCAAAUGUGAGCUUUAUACCUGGGACAAGUCUUAAAUAACAUCCCAAUGAAUCGUAACGACCCACAACCUAUCAAACUGUGUUCAGCCACCUUAACAGCUUUUCUUGACUAGGGAAGAUGCUGGCUGAAUAGACUACUGGCCUAAAGAACUCAGUAUUUUAGCAUAGGCCGGGAAAUUCCACUGUCAUUUGAUGAUAGCCCUGAUGCCAUGAUCAGUGACAUUCUGAGCUUACACUGCCGCCUGGUUGGCUCAGUUGGAAGAGCGCUGGUCUGCCGAGCGGGAGUUCGCGGGUUCAAACCCCAGCCGGACCAACACUCAUGGUCUUUAAAUAACUGAGGAGAAAGUGCUGCCUUUGUAAUGACAUCUGCAAAUGGUUAGACUUUCUAGUCUUCUCGGAUAAGGACGAAAAACCGUACACAGCACUUUCCCUGCUUUGUUCUUGUGGGACGUAAAAGAACCCACACCACCCAUUCGAAAAGAGUAGGGGCCGUAGACUCUGGUGGUGUGGCCAACCUUUACGGGUUGUGGGAUUGAGUAGGGAUGGCACCUCGCAUGGGACCUGAGUCCCGUUCGUGCACAUUUCCUCUGGGCUGGCCUGUGUCCAGAAAAGCUGGUAAAUAAAUAAAUAAAUAAAUAAACAUUAUAACCAUAAUUAUGUAUGCAGUUUGGUGGACAUUCUCUUUGGUUAAGAUGGCCUCUAGUGCUGACUGAGCGAUAAUCAUUGUGUGACUGCGAUACUUAACAGUAUCAAUAACAUUUCUGAUCUUGAUGGGGUGUCGAUUGACUCGUAUUUUGGCACAGAGCUCUGACUUUGUUAUUUUGCUUUCGUGUUUCGUUGCAGAUUAGUUAUAUAGAGAUGGCAAUGCCUAACAUUCAUUAUUUUACUGUUAAUAUGGCACCAUUUGGAUUGACCAACAAAGAUGAGGUAUAUAACAGCUUUAACAGUUGGUUAAUAGCUAGAGAAUCUUGUGUGGGAAAACAAAACUAUUUUCAUGGGGAAUACAUCACUUGACAGUAAGGCCUCGUUCCUAAAACUUCAUUCAUUUUCAUGCAAUAUUGACAUGAUAGCUGGGGCAUCCUCAGGUACUGUGCAUUGGUACACGAAACAACUUCUAAUACCCACGUGGGGUGUAGUGACUCAACAGGCGUUAUUUGAGGGGCUGAGGCGGGUUUUUGGGCGCGAACACGAGACACGCGGGAGCAUUUUCGCUUUUCCCUGCUAACGCAUGUCUCGAACUUCACACUCGCGCCUCCGAAUUCGCCUCACAGCCCUGAUAGGGACCUCACGAAACCACGAUGAGAGCGACAGAAAAGGAAAAGGUUUAGGACUUGUUUACAUGGAAAUGGAUGCCCGCUCAGGUGGAGUAGCGGCCUGUCUAUAUAAUCCCCCCUUUUAAUUUGAUCACGUGACGUUUACAUAACGGGUGGGAUGACACGCCGAGGCGGGUAGCCCGGUCUGCUAGACCGGGUACUUCUCUUAGUCAGGGUCAAAUUUUGCCAUGUAAACGUUUCAAGGUGGGGUAACCAGCCUAGCCGGGCUAGGGUUACACCAAAUUCGCGCCUUGAAUCUGAAUUCGGAUCUGACAAACUGAAGUUCCCUUUCUGUGUAGAUUUUGAUGCCCACUGACAAGCCGGCAGGAAUUAUAAAAGCUGCUCUUUCAAGAAAUCCCAAGGCAAAACUGUAA